AUGGUGUCUAUUAAACGAUACAAUGGUUCGAAUCAACGUUGUACGACAUUAUUUCUUGACAAAUUUGCACAUCGAGAUCAAUAUGGCUUUUUAAAAGAUGUACGACAAGAAAAAAUUGAAGAUUUUACAUCGAUUAAUUCUAUUUCUUCAUUAGACAAUGACCGAUUGGAUGCUGAACUAGAUAGAAUUAAUACAGAACUAGCAGAUAUGUUACGUGGUCUUGAAUUGAGAAAACGUGCGUACUAUGUUAAUAUGCCUAACUUUGUCUAUGUUGUUGGAGGUUAUCUAUUUGAUCCAAUACAAAAAGAACGACGAGCACCAUCCAAUGAUUGGAGAUGGGAUAUUGAAGAAAAAAAACUCGAAAAAAUUCCGCCUAUACCACCAGGUCAUGGGCGCAUUAAUUUUGGCAUUGCAGCUAAUAAUGGCAAAUUAGUCGUCAUCGGAGGAAAUACAAUAAUAAAUAGACCGACAGAUACAUGUUACAUAUACGGACAAAAUGAUGAUCAAUGGGAAAUGUUACCAUCUUUACCGAAUCCAUUAUGUGGUCCUGCUGUAGCACUUGAUGAUAAAGAUUGUUUGUAUGUAUUUGGUGGCUAUGAUUUACUUGCUGGUCAUACUCUAUUUCGUAAUGAUUUCUUAAAGCUUGAAGAUUUAUCAUCGGAAAAAUGGACAAUAUUAAAAAACUCAUGUAAAAUUGAAAACAAAUCUCUAAUGAUUUCACCUCGAGCGCGCACUCUACUUGUUGCAUGCGGUAACGAUGUAAUACCACCUGAUGGUGGACUUUUCGCAUGUGGUGGCUAUGCGAAAUCGUCAUCCGGUGAAUUAAUACCUGUAUCAGAAAUUUUGUGUUACAAUAGAUCGAAAAAAGAUUGGACUUAUUUAAGUGAUAUACCUAAUCUUAAGAAAUUAAAUAUUAUUGCUGUUGAUAAUAAUAUAUUAGUUAUUUCCGAUAAAAUCAAAUCAAAUAAUCCUGAUGAAGAAGAUCAAUUUAUUCCAAUAUCGAAAUAUGAUUUAAUGAAUAAAAAAUGGCUAAUGAUCAAUCAAAAAGACAUUUCAAAUGUUCAAGUUGAAGAAACAAAAACAGAUUCAUGA